CCAUGAUCGAUUUUCUCCACUUUCACAUUAUCCUUCGGAACGACGCAGCUGUUAUUUUUCUACCUUUGCAAAAAUGGGGGAUAGUAAAUAUAACGUGGUGUCGAAAUUUGUAGCAGUUUUGGAUUUGUUGCUCUCAAUCGCAAUUCUUCUCUGGAUUGGGUGAAACAUUUUCCUCGGGGAUGAGUUUUUACGUUUGUCAAGUGACGGGAAGAAGAAGAAGGAACAGACAGAUAAGAUUCCAAGUUGUGGUGGUAAUUCCAACGUUAUCCUUGAUUAUUGGUGGGUUGGGUGUUAUUUUUGCUAUACGACUACUUAAUGCGACAGACUCAGAGAAUUUAGCACAAUUUGCCAUGUCCACAUCCCCUUACCUCACCCCAGAAGGCCCCGCUCCAAGGGAGAGGAGGCGUUCAUCAUCUGCAAUUUCCAGUGGACUUGCGGAAGUAACGUUUGGAAAGGACAAAUUCAUGGUGGAGCUCAGUGUUGAGAAUUACACACCGGACGAGGUUUCCAUUUACUGUGAAGAUGGGAAAUUAUUUGUGGUUGGGAAAAAUGAGAAGAAAAAUCAUCCAAAAGAUACAAUUCUCAAGUCCUUCAAUCGUAAAUUUAACAUACCUGAUGGAAUGGACGGAGCUGGGUUAAAGUGGGAGUUGAGCAAGGAUAAAGUCUUGUCAAUUACAGUGCCAAGGAAACAAAGUGAAAAAACGUAGUCAUACUUGUUACUUUUUUUUAUUAGACACUUCAUUUUAUUAAAUGCUUAUCAUUCUGAGGUUAGUGUUUGAAAUUUGGUUAGCCGUACAUGAUUAAUUCAAGCUGAUAGUCCAGAUAAUAAAAAAAUAAUUUUUUUAUCUAUAAUUAAAAUUACCUACGAGAUAGGGUGGUGUUCUUCAUGAGAGGACAAUAUAAUUAUGCCGUCAUGGGUAGGAAGUUCCUACUAGGACCUAAGCAUUUGUCCGCUCCUUCUACUUGAUGACCACGUUAGAGAUACGAAUUGUUUAUUAACUAAAUAUAAAAUGUAGUAUAAAAAUAACUUAGCCUAAUAUUUGGUUAGUCAUGCAUAGUAAGUAAAAAAUUAGUAGCAUCAUAAUCGUAAAUUAAUAUCGAUUUUAUUAUCGGUAAUUGAAUAAAACUUAAAUCUCUCCCAUUUAUCAUAAAAUUUA